AUGUAAGUCUAAUAUUCAACUCUUGGAUUUUCAGGAAUGCAUAAUGUUCAGAGUAGAAGACUACCUCAAGAUGCCUGACGUGAAGGAAAGGGGGAAGUUGGUAAGGAGUAGCUGGAAGAGAAUGCAAGGUCCAGAGAGUAGAUUGCCACCAACCGAUCCAUUGAUUCUAAGUACAAAUAUAUUGUUAAUAACUGGAUGUAUGGCCUACCAGUGUCCAGUGUCUUGUACAGAGCAAGGGGACAGAAACAAAUAUGGGAUCUAAGUGACAGCACAGGCGGGAAACAAGCUGUUGGUUUGGCGCUCAUGACGGAAGCCUUGAACCCCUCUCUUCUUCCCGCUCUGCUGCCCCCUCUCUCCCCAAGCUAGAAACAGGAAAUGGGUCUCGAGUUUGUAAGGAUUGGCUGGGGAGAACAACUGGUUUUGGAGGGAUGAAAAAGCGAAUCUGCUUUGUCUUUGCUUCAUGCUUGGUGGGAGUAAAGAAACAGGACAAGAAACACUGGGACGAGGGUUUCGUAGGAUGUGUGGGAACAGGUGUGGCAGCACCAAGCACUCCAGGGCCACAUGAAUCACAUUUAGUAAUUCAGCCAGCAGGCACUACAUAUCCAUAAGCAUGUCGGAGACAGUCUUAUAAUCCUACCGCUCCCUUCUGCAACCUUCCCACAACCCCCAAACCUCACUGCCUACAGUUCCACAGUGGGAACUGUAGAAUUUCUACAGAGGAAUGUACUCCUUUCUUAACACUCCACCCACAGCUCCUAGCCCCAGGCCGAAGCUGGUCCACGGCUCGUGGUCAUUCAAUAAACUGUUAAGUACAUGCUAUGUGUAAGGGAGUUGAGAGGACGUUACUUUCCUAGAAGGGGAGAAAUGCAAAUCCCCGGAAACAGUUCAAAGGACGCGUGCGUAAAAACCAUGCAACCACAGUCAUUAGGUUACCGCCAAUUGAGGCGCUGUCCUGGUCAAGCCUGGGCGCAGCUCAGCCUCUCAGAGCAAGCGCACUGCACCCGACGCCCCACCCACUCGCCUCGCACCUCCCCCGACGGAAGCGGAAACGGUGUGCGCGCCUGUGCGGUCCGGCUCUCGGGCUCCGGAAGGUUCGCUGCUUCACUUUCCUCCUCGGGCUCCUGUCACCAUGGUGUUGGCGGUCUUGCGGGUCCUGGAGCCUUUCCCAAAUGAGACAGCCCCGUUGGCGGUGCUGCUGCCGCCUGGGGGCCCAUGGCCUGCGGCGGGGCAUGGCCUGGUGCUGGCCCUGCGGCCUGCAGCGGAGAGCCCGGCCGGGCCGGCGUUGCUAGUGGCGGCCCUGGAGGGAACGGGCGCAGGGACCGAAGAGCAGGGUCCCGGGCCUCCGCAGCUGCUGGUUAGCCGUGCACUGUUGCGGCUUCUGGCCCUGGGCUCCGGCGCGUGGGUGCGGGCGCGGCCUGUGCGGCGGCCCCCGGCGCUGGGCUGGGCGUUGCUUGGCACCUCGCCUGGGCCCGGGCUCGGACCGCGAAUCGGGCCGCUGCUAGUGAGGCGCGGAGAGGUCCUACCAGUGCCCGGACCACGGGUGCUGGAGACGCGGCCGGCGUUGCAAGGACUGCUGGGCCCAGGGACGCGGCUAGCUGUGACUGAGCUCCGUGGGCGGUCCAAACUGGGCCCGGAGACUGGGGACAGCAGCCAGUCCACACCCCCGCCCUUGGUGUCCUUUUUCGCGGUUUCCGGUACAGUCCGGAGACUCCGGGGAGUUCUGGGAGGAACUGGAGAUUCGCUGGGGGUGAGCCGGAGUUGUCUCCGUAGCCUCGGCCUCUUCCAGGGCGAAUGGGUGUGGGUGACCCGGGCCGGAGAGUCAGCGAACACUUCCCAGCCACAUCUGGCCACGGUGCAGGUCCUAGAGCCUCGCUGGGACCUCUCUGAAAGGCUGGGACCCAGCUCCGGGCAGCUGGGAGAGCCCCUCGCUGAUGGACUGGCCCUCGUGCCUGCCACUCUGGCUUUCAAUCUCGGCUGUGAUCUUCUAGAAGUGGGAGAACUCACAAUUCAGAGAUACUUGGAAGGCUCCAGCACCCCUGAAGACAAAAGAAGCUGCUCAGUGCUGCCUGGGCCUCCGUUUGCCAAAGAGCUACACAUCGAAAUUGUGUCUUCUCCCCACUACAGCAUUAAUGGGAAUUAUGACCAUGCUCUUUACCGGCACUUUCAGACACCCAGGGCAGUCCAGGAAGGGGAUGUUCUGUGUGUGCCAACAGUUGGGCAAGUAGAGAUCCUGGAAGGAAGCCCAGAGAAACUGCCCAGGUGGCAGGAGAUGUUCUUUAAAGUGAAGAAAACAGUUGGGGAAGCUCCAGGUGGGCCAGCCAGCGCCUACCUGGCCGAUACCACCCAUACCUCCUUGUAUUUGGUGGGUUCUACACUGAGCCCUGUUCCAAGGGUCCCUUCAGGAGAAUCUAGUCUCUGGAGCAGCUUAUCUCCUCCAGGCCUGGAGGCCUUGGUGACUGAACUGUGUGCUGUCCUGAAACCUCGCCUCCAGCCAGGGGGUGCCCUGCUGACAGGAACUGGCAGUGUCCUCCUGCGAGGCCCCCCGGGCAGUGGGAAGACCACAGCAGUUGCUGCUGCCUGCAGCCGUCUCGGGCUCCACUUACUCAAGGUGCCCUGCUCCAGCCUCUGUGCAGACAGCAGUGGGGCUGUGGAGGCAAAACUGCAGGCCACCUUCUCCCGGGCCCGGCACUGCCGGCCCGUGGUUCUGUUGCUGACAGCCUUAGACCUUCUGGGCCGGGACCGUGAUGGGCUAGGUGAGGACGCCCGUGUGGUGGCCACACUGCGUCGCCUCCUCCUCGACGAGGACCCCCUCACCAGCUGCCCUCCACUAAUGGUUGUGGCCACCACCAGCCGGGCCCAGGACCUGCCUGCCAACGUGCAGACAGCGUUUCCUCAUGAGCUGGAGGUGCCCGUGCUGUCCGAGGGGCAGCGGCUCAGCAUCCUGCAGGCCCUCACUGCCCGCCUGCCCCUGGGCCAAGAGGUGAACCUGGCACAGCUGGCUCGGCAGUGUGCAGGCUUCGUGGUGGGAGAUCUCUGUGCCCUUUUGACCCACAGCAGCAGGGCAGCCUGCACCAGGAUCAGGAACUCUGGUUUGGCAGGUGGCUUGAGUGAGGAGGAUGAGGAGGAGCUGGUUGCUGCUGGCUGUCCUCUCCUGGCUGAGGACUUCACACAGGCCCUGGAGCAGCUGCAGUCGGCUCACUCCCAGGCCAUCGGUGCCCCCAAGAUCCCCUCGGUAUCCUGGCACGAUGUGGGCGGGCUGCAGGAGGCGAAGAAGGAAAUUCUGGAGACCAUCCAGCUCCCUCUAGAGCACCCUGAGCUUCUGAGCCUGGGCCUGCGGCGCUCAGGCCUCCUGCUCCAUGGGCCCCCAGGCACUGGCAAGACCCUCCUGGCCAAGGCAGUAGCCACUGAGUGCAGCCUCACCUUCCUCAGUGUGAAGGGGCCAGAGCUCAUCAACAUGUAUGUGGGCCAAAGUGAGGAGAAUGUACGGGAAGUGUUUGCCAGGGCCAGGGCGGCAGCUCCAUGCAUUAUCUUCUUUGACGAACUGGACUCCUUGGCCCCCAGCCGGGGGCGAAGUGGAGACUCUGGAGGGGUGAUGGACAGGGUGGUGUCUCAGCUCCUGGCGGAGCUGGAUGGGCUCCAUAGCACUCAGGAUGUGUUUGUGAUCGGAGCCACCAACAGGCCAGACCUCCUGGACCCUGCCCUUCUGCGGCCUGGCAGAUUUGACAAGCUGGUGUUUGUGGGGGUGAGCGAGGACCGUGCCUCCCAGCUCCGUGUUCUGAGCGCCAUCACACGCAAAUUCAAGUUGGAAUCCUCUGUGAGCCUGGUGAACGUGCUGGACCACUGCCCUCCCCAGCUGACGGGUGCAGACCUCUACUCCCUCUGCUCUGAUGCCAUGACAGCUGCCCUCAAACGAAGGGUUCAGGAUCUGGAGAAAGGGCUGGAGCCUGGGAGCUCAGUGCUGCUACUCACCAUGGAGGACCUACUGCAGGCUGCCACCCGGCUGCAGCCCUCCGUCAGCGAGCAGGAACUGCUCCAGUACAAGCGCAUCCAGCGCAAGUUUGCUGCCUCCUAGGAGCCUCCUACAGUCCCGGACCCGACCCUGCCCGCAGUGCUGAAGGUACCUAGACAUCUGCAGAGACCUGAGACAGCAAAGAGCUCUUUCUCAGGCUGCUGCCAACUCCUCUGAAGGCUGCCUACCUCCAGGAGAUCCCCCGGGUGCCAAGUGGGGGAGCCCUGAGAGAGUUCAGGAGGCACCCUCUGUCCAUUUUUCCAGACCAGCCCCAAGACCGAGGCCUCUCUGCUUAGGAAGAGGGGUGGGAGCCUAGAGUUCUGGGAACUGGGCCUGGAGGGAGCCUGGUCUGUGGCUGAAAAUAAAGUGUAUGCUGCCCUCUG